AUGGCAAGAGUCACAGGAAUCAGCGAUAAAGUGGCAGUCGACGCUUUGCGGAAAACUCUCUGGUACAGGUCGAUACUCCGUCAAUGGAUAUCCCUUGAAAAAUCGAGAACAGUCCAGGACGCUCUUCACAAGGCAACGGACUUCAUCAUGAUGGAUGAAGAGAUGAAAGUCCUCUCCCAGAAGUACAACCCGCAGAAGACGUCCGCGAGAAGGAAAACCCUCGCAACGACAAGUAUGUCCACCACGAGGGAGAAGAUCUCCAGGGCGAGCAUAAUCACGCUAUCAACUCCGAACAGGGAAAGACUUCCGAAAAUACCUGGACCAGGAACCAGUUCAAGGAUAAUUCCUACUGUUCUCGGCGCAAGGCUUGCUGCGAAGCUCCUCGCCGGCGAAAUUUCAAAGGUCACAGGCAUAAAAGACCUCCUCCUGGAUUCCGAUCGCCCUCCCAAAGCUGAUAAAGGGUCCCCCGAAAACGACACCCGCGAAAAUCAGUUGGGCGAGAAACGCGGAAGGAGGCAGGAUGACCGAGGAAACGACAGCAACCGUCGAAGGGUGAACAUGAUCAUCGGGGGAUCGCAAUUCUAUCGCGAUUCGAUCUCGUCGAUCAAAGCUUAUGGACGGAAGGCUGAGACGAGUUCAAGCUGGAUGGCUCGGUCCCCAACCGACGACGCCCCUAACGACAAGAUCGUCUUCGAAGAGCAAGAAACCAUCGAAAUUGACAAACCUCACUGUGACCCAUUGGUUAUCGAUCUGGUAAUCCGAGACCUAGAAGUGGGAAGGAUCCUUAUCGACACGGGAAGCACAGUCAACGUCAUCUUCCAUGAUACCCUCUGGAGGAUGAACAUCGAACUCGGAGAAGUCGUCCCGGAACCAAAACCUCUCACCGGUUUCUCAGGUGCAACGUCAAUGACCCUCAGAUCAAUCAAACUCCCAGUAUUGGCUAAAGAGAAACAGUCUAGGCUCUGCUUCUUGGCCAAGCAUAAACUACGACAAACUCGGAACACUCCCGCGGUCAACCCGAAGCGGGGUAAGAAAGCUCAAAACGCUCCCGAGAGCUCCAUAAAAAGUGAUCCAGAAUCACCCGACCAGGCAACAUCUCCAGACAGCGACAUAGUCCCCGAGUCCAUCGCCUUGCCAGCGGACAGCCCGACUCCUGAAAUGGUCGUCGAUCCAAAUGAAGCCCCAACAGCUGAAGUAACCGGAACGAUCCCAUCCAGCGAGUAG